AUGGAGAAAAAAAUUUCAUUUUUACAGAAAUUGCGCGAGUAUAAAGAGAUACUGGAUGGGAAAUUUUCCGAUAAGGUAUCAAGUGAAAAAAAACAGCAAGCAUGGGAAGAACUUUUACAAUAUGCCAAAUCAAUUGGGAUGGUGUCCGAGAGUUGUACAAAAGAAAAGCUGAGAGACACAACUUGGGGAAAUUGGAAAAGACGUGCCAAGGAAAAACUUGAUAAAAGUCGGCAAACCGGAAGUGGAAAAGUGAUUUUGACUGAACUGGAUAAUUUGGUUUUGGAUAUUUUGGGCAGAAAUACUCCGGGGGUGAUGGGCAUGACAGGAGUGUCAUCGGAUAGUGAAGAUACCGAUGAAGAUAAAUGUAACAGUGUAGUACCUACAAAUUCAUCCAGCAGCAAGAUCAAUAAACGAAGAACCGCCAAAACCUACACCACAAAAAGAAGAAAGGCAGCUCUAGUUGAUGCUCAAAAAUAUAAAAAUCAGUUAGAAUGCCUUGCUCUAGAAAGACAGCUUCAGUUGCCUUCUACUGCUUUAACGGAUAAUUUAAUGACAGAUUCCAGCUUGUCACAGGUGCCAGAGGAAAUAUCUUUUCCCGAAGAAGAUGAUAAUUCAAAUAUUAACACUGUUGAUGGUACAUCCGACAUAGAUAACGUUUGUGUGUUUGGAAAAUCAAGGCAUAUUUUGGUAAAAUUAACAUCGUUCUUAAAGAGUAGGGAGAUACUGACCAAUUGUAAGAAACUCAAAGGAACAGGAGUUAGUAUUUCGGAAGACCUAAGCAAAGAAGAAAGAGAAGAAAAUAAAAUACUACGUAAACAUCUGAAAGAAGCGAAAGAGCAAAAAUUGAACGCUUACAUAAAAAACAAUCAGCUCGUAGUAAACGGUCAAGCCUAUACAGCGGAAGAAUUACAAAAAGAAGAAGAAACAGAAAUACAAAACUUAAAUAAACCAAACAGUGCUCCACCAACUCCCAACGCACGUCCUAGACAAUUCUCUAUCGAAGACGGUGACAAACUAGAAGAGUUCGAAAGUACAGUUAAAAUAAAUAACAAAAUACCGGAAAGGCUAGAGGACAAAGUAUUUAUUGGAAAAAAAGGAGAAGAAAAAGAAAGUUCAUCGAAAAUUGGCAAAGAAGACAAGAAGAAAAUACGAGAAAAACAGAAGAAAGAACCCGCUGUAAGAAAAUCGUCGCGCACUGAGGCGCUACGGUCUCUAAACUUAGGUCUAAAAACACCACCUGCUACUAACUCUACUAACAUUAGAAAAUAG